UGACCUGUCGUGUCUGUACUCCUUCCGUUCACAUGAAUUCUCAUCCAUCAUUUCUCUUUCUCUUUAGCCAUAACCAGCAGACCACAGCAUUCAGGCAUCCUGUGACAGGGCAGUUUUCUCCGGAAAAUAGUGAAUUCAUUCUUCAAGAAGAGCCGAAUCCACAUAUGUCGAAGCAAGACAGAAACCAAAGACCGUCCAGCAUGGUCAGUGAAACAUCCACAGCUGGGACCGCCUCCACCCUGGAGGCCAAGCCUGGACCCAGGAUCAUAAAGUCCAGCAAUAAAGUCCACAGCUUUGGGAAGAGAGACCAGGCCAUUCGGAGGAACCCCAAUGUUCCUGUGGUGGUGAGGGGCUGGCUGCACAAGCAGGACAGUUCUGGGAUGAGGCUGUGGAAAAGGAGGUGGUUUGUGCUUGCUGAUUACUGCUUAUUUUACUAUAAAGACAGCCGAGAAGAAGCGGUCCUCGGGAGCAUCCCCUUGCCCAGCUACGUGAUCUCUCCUGUGGCCCCUGAGGAUCGCAUAAGCCGCAAAUACUCCUUUAAGGCUGUGCACACAGGGAUGCGAGCACUCAUCUAUAACAGCUCCACGGCAGGCUCUCAGGGCGAGCAGUCAGGCAUGAGGACCUACUACUUCAGUGCCGACACCCAGGAGGACAUGAACGCUUGGGUCAGGGCCAUGAACCAGGCUGCACAGGUGCUGUCUCGAUCGUCACUGAAGAGGGACAUGGAGAAGGUGGAGCGGCAGGCUAUCCCCCAGGCCAACCACACAGAGUCCUGUCACGAAUGUGGCCGGGUGGGACCCGGACAUACGAGAGAUUGUCCUCAUCAUGGCCAUGAUGACAUUGUCAACUUCGAGAGGCAGGAGCAGGAGGGAGAGCAGUACCGUUCCCAGAGGGACCCGCUGGAGGGCAAGCGGGACCGGAGCAAGGCCAGGUCUCCGUACUCGCCAGCCGAAGAGGAUGUCUUGUUUAUGGAUUUACCCAGUGGCCCAAGAGGCCAGCAGGCACAACCCCAACGGGCAGAGAAGAAUGGAAUGCUGCCUGCCUCAUAUGGCCCAGGAGAACAGAACGGGACUGGCGGGUACCAGCGGGCCUUUCCUCCCAGGACCAACCCUGAAAAACACAGCCAAAGGAAGAGCAAUCUGGCCCAGGUGGAGCACUGGGCAAGGGCCCAGAAGGGAGACAGCAGGAGUCUUCCCUUGGACCAGACGCUUCCUCGCCAGGGUCCUGGCCAAUCCCUGUCCUUCCCAGAAAACUACCAGACUCUUCCCAAGAGCACCCGACACCCCUCGGGGGGCUCCUCGCCACCUCCCCGAAACCUGCCAAGUGACUACAAGUAUGCGCAGGACCGAGCCAGCCACCUGAAGAUGUCGAGUGAAGAGCGCCGGGCGCACCGGGAUGGCACCGUGUGGCAGCUCUACGAGUGGCAGCAGCGCCAGCAGUUCCGGCACGGCAGCCCCACGGCGCCUAUCUGCCUUGGCUCCCCAGAGUUCACCGACCAGGGCCGGAGCAGGAGCAUGCUAGAGGUGCCCCGCUCCAUCUCUGUGCCUCCAUCUCCCUCAGACAUCCCUCCCCCAGGACCCCCAAGGGUCUUCCCACCCCGGCGCCCACACACACCAGCAGAGCGAGUCACAGUGAAGCCACCGGACCAGAGGAGGAGUGUGGACAUCUCGCUGGGGGAUUCUCCAAGGAAGGCACGGGGCCACGCUGUCAAGAACUCAUCUCAUGUGGACCGACGCUCCAUGCCCUCCAUGGGUUACAUGACCCACACCGUCAGCGCUCCCAGUUUACAUGGAAAAUCGGCUGAUGAUACCUACCUCCAGCUGAAGAAAGACCUGGAAUACCUGGAUCUAAAGAUGACAGGCCGGGACCUUCUCAAGGAUCGAAGUCUGAAGCCUGUGAAGAUCGCUGAGAGCGACACUGACGUCAAACUGAGCAUCUUCUGUGAACAAGACAGAGUCCUCCAGGACUUGGAAGACAAGAUACGAGCCCUUAAAGAGAACAAAGACCAGCUAGAAUCCGUGCUGGAGGUGUUGCACAGACAGAUGGAGCAGUACCGAGACCAGCCCCAGCACUUGGAGAAGAUUGCCUACCAGCAGAAGUUGCUGCAGGAGGACCUCGUCCAUAUCCGAGCUGAGCUCUCCAGAGAGUCCACUGAGAUGGAAAAUGCUUGGAACGAAUACCUGAAGUUGGAGAAUGAUGUGGAACAGCUGAAGCAGACCCUGCAAGAGCAACACAGAAGAGCCUUUUUUUUCCAGGAGAAAUCGCAGAUACAGAAAGAUCUAUGGAGAAUUGAAGAUGUCACUGCAGGCCUGAGUGCAAAUAAAGAGAACUUCAGAAUUCUAGUGGAGUCAGUCAAAAAUCCGGAGAGAAAAACGGUGCCUUUGUUUCCUCACCCGCCUGUGCCUUCACUCUCAACUUCUGAGAGCAAGCCGCCCCCACAGCCCAGUCCUCCCACCAGCCCUGUGCGGACCCCUCUGGAGGUUCGACUCUUCCCCCAGCUGCAAACCUACGUGCCGUACCGACCUCACCCACCCCAGCUGAGAAAAGUGACAUCCCCCCUUCAGUCACCGACUAAGGCAAAGCCCAAAGUUCAGGAAGAUGAAGCACCUCCCAGGCCCCCACUCCCCGAACUCUACAGCCCAGAGGACCAGCCCCCAGCUGUGCCGCCUCUGCCAAGAGAGGCCACCAUCAUCCGGCACACAUCUGUGCGGGGCCUCAAGCGGCAGUCAGACGAGAGGAAGCGAGACCGGGAGCUGGGGCAGUGUGUCAACGGGGAUUCCAGAGUGGAGCUGCGGUCGUAUGUCAGUGAGCCUGAGCUGGCGACCCUCAGCGGGGACAUAGCCCAGCCCUCCCUGGGACUUGUGGGCCCUGAGAGCAGGUACCAGACGCUGCCAGGCAGAGGACUCUCAGGGUCCACGUCAAGGCUCCAGCAGUCGUCCACCAUUGCUCCCUACGUCACACUCCGGAGGGGUCUCAAUGCCGAAAGCAGCAAGGUGACCUUCCCUAGACCCAAGAGUGCCUUGGAGCGCCUGUACUCAGGGGAUCACCAGCGGGGCAAGAUGAGUGCGGAGGAGCAGCUGGAGCGCAUGAAGCGACACCAGAAGGCCCUGGUCCGAGAGCGCAAGAGGACACUGGGCCAAGGGGAGAGGACGGGCCUGCCCUCAUCUCGCUACCUCAGCCGGCUGCUCCCUGGAGAUCUUGGCUCAUGGAAGCGUGAGCAGGACUUUGACCUGCAGUUGCUGGAACGGGUCGUGCAAGGGGAAAAAAAGGACAAGGAGGAGAAUGGCUGGUUGAAAGUGCAGGCCAUGCCUGUCACUGAGUUGGACCUGGAGCCUCAAGACUAUGACUUGGACAUCAGCAGAGAGCUGUCCAAACCAGAGAAGGUGUCAAUCCCUGAGCGCUACGUGGAGCUAGAUCCCGAAGAGCCGCCCAGCCUUGAGGAGCUGCAGGCGCGGUACCGCAAAGCCGAGAAGAUCCGCAACAUCCUCACCCGGUCAAGCAUGUGCAACCUACAGCCGACCUCAGGCCAGGACCGGAACAGUGUGGCUGACCUGGACUUGCAGCUGCAGGAGCAGGAGCGCAUCAUCAACAUCUCCUAUGCCCUGGCCUCCGAGGCCUCCCAGCGUAGCAAGCAGGUAGCAGCCCAGGCAGUGACUGACCCGUGACCCAGCAUGCAAAGGAGAAGCCUGGAGCCAGGGGCCCAGUGGAACCAGCUUCCUCCAAGGAGAUGACCUUUCUGCCCCCAAGGAAACCCCUUCCAGCUGAGCAGGGAAUCCGGCUGGAGAAAGGAGCAGCUUACCGACUGCGGGUGUUCACCACAGGCCAGGCCCUAAUACGCAUCCACCAGUUUAGCUCAGAGUCCUCUCUACAUAUGAAUGGCAAAGGCACUUUUGAUACACACUGUAAAAUACACUGUAUUUUAGAAUUGGGAUCUAUUUUCUAAUGUUCACCUCAAGGGCUGAGUGGCAGGAAGGUUGAGGAUACAGGACCUUGCAGCUGCACGUACAGAUUCAGGUACUUUUGGGUAACAGGUGUUGGGGGGGGCGGGAAGGGCGGGGCAAGCCGAGGCUAGUCCACCUUCCAAUGACCUCAGGAGAAAGUGAGAUUUGAAGAGGUGUUCCCAGUAGACUCCAGCAAGAGGCUGGUUGGCAUGCUGUCUGGGAGAAGAGGGGCCCUUGGCUGCAGAGAUCAGCUGUCCCUGACCUGAUGAUGACCAGCUCUGUGUGAAACUCCACCAGGAUCGCACGUGGAGCCCAAGUCUGUGCCUUGCCCCUUGGGUUUGGCUUAGGGGCAGCAGUGUGUUCAAGAGGACUGGGGCCCACAACCUGCCCCCAGGCUUCCCUCAGCAAAGGGCUCUUGUCAGAAAGAAAAAAGCAGUUGGCUUUCUUUUUUUUUUUUUUUUUUUUUUUUUGAGACGGAGUUUCACUCUUGUUGCCCAGGCUGGAGUGCAAUGGCGUGAUCUCAGUUCACUGCAACCUCUGCCUCCUGGGUCCAAGUGAUUCUCCUGCCUCAGCCUCCCAAGUAGCUGGGAUUACAGGCAUGCGCCACCACGCCUGGCUAAUUUUGUAUUUUUAGUAGAGAUGGGGUUUCUCCACGUUGAUCUGGCUGGUCUCGAACUCCUGACCUCAGGUGAUCCAUCCGCCUCGGCAUCCCAAAGUGUUGGGAUUACAGGCGUGAGCCACCAUGCCCAGCCUGCUUUCAUUUUUAACAGUACACAUUGAAGUACAGAAAAGUUGGGAGGAAGCAGCUUUCAUUGUAUCAUAGCAAUAAACUCCACACUGGGUGACAUCUACCUAGAAAUCCCUUCCCUCCAACCAGGCCAUGAUGGGAACCUUUGCUGCCUGCCCUUGGAGAACCCCGGAUUGGCUUCCCUGGGACUCAGGUCUGGUGGCAGGAGGGCAGCAGCGUGCCCCCACCAUCCCUCAUGGCCUGCCGCCAGCAGGGCCAUAAUGGCAGGACUUUGAUUUGAUUUCCAGCCCCACAUGAGGAGGGGGGCUACCAAGCCAGGUGCAGUGUUUGUGGCCCUUUAUUUAAGUUGUGUUCUUAUGUUAUUCUGCAUAUAAACAAUGACGUUUAAGUGGAAAAAACAACAACAACAAAAACCUCCAUUGGGUGGAGCCACACUUUAAAUGAAAAUUUCUCUUUGACUAUGCUCAGAAAAAAAAUAGAAUUUUGAAUAUAUUUAGCAGUUGUCGUCUAUUUUUAACUAACUCCAUAUGCUGCCAGUAUCGACUUCAUGACAUUUGCCAAAAUAAAAUUUUAUUUUUGCCUUUAUAAGAUUUUCUUGGAAAAAAUGAAAUGAAUAUUUUGCAAGAAAAAGUUAAUUUAAAAAUGUAAUGGUUUGCAAAAAAAAUGUGAUGUACAGAUUAAAAUACUAACCUGA